ACCAUGGGUCCUAUAAACUCUCUCUGGGCUGGCACUGUGCACCUUCCCCUUCUGGCUUGUGGGGAGCAGAUGAGCCCUCCUGAGCUCUGGGCUUCACUUUCUGUGUGAGCCUGGCAGCCGUGUGGGGGACCGAACGGCGUGGACAGAGUGUGGCUCCUCUUCCCUCUGCUGUCCAGCUAGCAUGGCGGACACCCCGAAGGAGGGGGCGCUGACCCGCUUCCUGGACUUCACCCAGCUGGUUGACAUGGCGUCAGAGUCUGUUGGAGGGAAGAUUUUAUUUGCAACAGAUGACUUCUUUGCUCCCGCUGAGAACCUCAUAAAGAGCGACAGCCCGACCUUCAAAGAACAUGAGUACACUGAGUUUGGGAAGUAUGACGGAUGGGAGACCAGGAGGAAGAGAGUCCCAGGUCACGACUGGUGUGUCGUCAGGCUGGGCAUCCAGGGUGUCAUCCGGGGCCUUGACGUGGACAUCUCGCACUUUGCCGGAAACCAACCUCCCCGCGUGUCUGUCCAAGCCGCCUGCCUGGUAGAAGAUCAACUGCCGGAGAUCCCACCGCGAGGGGUGAGGACAGGAACCGCAGCCAGCCCGGAGGAGUUCAGCGCCAUUGCAGAGCUACAGUCGGACGAUUGGUAUCACUUGGUGCCCAUGACGGAACUUCGGCCGGAAAACCCCUCGUCCAGCCAUAACUGUUUCCUCGUCAACUCCCAGCAGAGGUGGACUCACGUGAGACUCAAUAUCUUCCCAGAUGGUGGGAUUGCACGACUUAGAGUGUAUGGUACUGGACAGAAAGACUGGAUUGCAACAGACCCCAAAGAACCCACAGACUUGGUGGCCAUCGCUUUUGGAGGCGUCUGUGUGGGAUUUAGCAACACCCACUUUGGACACCCCAACAAUAUGAUAGGAGUUGGCAAGGCCAAGUCCACGGCAGACGGCUGGGAGACCGCCAGGCGGCUGGACCGGCCUCCAGUGUUAGAAAACGACGAGAACGGCCUUCUCCUCGGUCCAGGGUGCGAAUGGGCCGUCUUCCGGCUGGCCCAUCCUGGGGUUAUAACUCAAAUAGAAGUCGACACCAGACAUUUUAAAGGCAACUCUCCGGACAACUGCAAAGUGGAUGGCUGCGUCCUGACCAUGCAGGAGGAGGAGGAGGCGGCCAAGCGGAAGUGGACCCUUCCAGCCGCGAAGUGGAAGCCACUGCUCCAGGUCACCAAGCUGUCGCCCAACCAGAGCCACGUGUUCGACAGCCUCACGCUGGAGCUGCAGGACGUCAUCACGCACGCGCGGCUCAGCAUCGCCCCGGAUGGGGGUGUGGGCCGCCUGCGCCUGCGCGGCUUCCCCAGCUCCAUCUGCCUGCUGCGGGCGCGCGAGAGGCUGAGCAUGCGCUUCGCCAUGAAGGGCGGCUUCAAGGCCAGCCUGUAGCCCUGAGAUCGGCCAGUCUCCUCCCGCGGCUGCUCACGGGCCGCCAAUAAAGUGGUCCCGGUGCAAAGAGCCAUG